CAGGCAGGCUUCUUUUCCCUUCUCUUUUCGUCUCUUUUUUCUAACUUCCUCCCUCUCAUAUAUCCCUGCGAUUUUCCUUUAGGUAAAGAAAUUAUAAGAGGGAUCUGAUGUACUUUCUCGUGGAUCUCAACUACUCCAUUGAUCAUGACUUCAAUACAAACCAAUCAAGAAACAAUGCAAAAGAACUGUGAGGCUCCGACAUCGGGCCUCCAGACCAAUGGACACCCGCCACCUCAGCAAUACACAGGGAGUCCUACAGAAGGGUUUAUAGAACCCCAAAAUGAUGUCUACACUGAAUUACUCGAUUCUUCAAUUGAGUCCAACAAAAAACCUGCAUAUCUCAGUUCAUGGUCUUGGCAUCCAGAUAUUAAAAAAGCACAAGUGUGCCACUUAAAUAGCAUUGAAGGACAAUUUUACCCUUUCUUGGUGAACAACCGGAUUCAAUAUGCUCCAUUUACCAUGUUCCCACAAGGGUACCCUUGUGAUUAUAAUCAGCAUCAAGAGUUUCAUUAUUUUGUGGUGAUUGAUUUUGAAGCUACUUGUGAUAAAGAAAGAAACCCUCAUCCUCAAGAGAUUAUCGAGUUUCCUUCAGUUAUUGUUAGUAGUGUCACUGGUCAACUUGAAGCUUGUUUUCAAACAUAUGUUCGCCCUACUUGUAAUCAGCUUUUAAGUGAUUUUUGCAAGGAUUUGACUGGAAUUCAGCAAAUUCAGGUGGACAGAGGAGUUACUCUUAGUGAAGCUCUUCUUAGGCAUGACAAAUGGCUUGAGAAGAAGGGAAUCAAGAAUGCCAACUUUGCUGUUGUUACUUGGUCAAACUGGGAUUGUAGAGUCAUGUUGGAAUCAGAAUGCAGAUUCAAGAAAAUUCGUAAACCUCCUUAUUUUAAUAGAUGGAUCAACUUAAAAGUCCCAUUCUGUGAGGUGUUUGGUGGUGCAAAAUGCAAUCUAAAGGAAGCAGUCCAGCUGGCGGGUCUGUCAUGGCAAGGGCGGGCCCACUGUGGUCUAGACGACGCCAAAAACACCGCCCGCCUACUCGCGGUCAUGAUGCACAAAGGCUUCAAAUUCUCCAUCACCAAUUCCCUAAUGUGCCAAGCCACCGACCACCACCCUUUCAUCUGGAAACAACCGCCACCCGGCCACCACCACCACCACCCUUUCCCGCCCUUCCACCACCACCACCCACCACACAAACCAAAAGACAUCCAUUUCCUUCCCAUCUUCCACCACCCUUGCUGUUACUGUGGGGUCAAAAGCAGCAAAGGGAUGGUCAGAAAACCGGGGCCCAAACAGGGAAGUUGCUUUUUCGGGUGCGGGAAUUGGACUUCUGCCCGGGGUGCCCGGUGUCAGUUCUUUGAAUGGGCUUAGUGUGAAAAUGACGAUUCUACCCUUGGUGGUAUGAAAAAUGACAGAAAUACUCUACUUCUACUUCUAUACCCUUUACCCUUGGUGGUUUUGGAUAAAAGCUUAUUUGUGUACUUUCGGUUUUUGUAAAAAGAACAAAAAAAGAGAAAAAAAAUGGAAGGAGGGGAAAAAAAGGGAUUUGGAGUGUUGUGUGGGGGGUUUGUUUGAAAAGUAAAUAUUUUUUAUGGUUGGGUUUAAAGUGAUGAUAUGUGAUAAGUGUAGGGUGCAGGAGUGGAAAAUUUAGAGAUGUGGAAGUGUGUGAGGAUUUGGUAGGUUUUAGUAGAGUUGAUGGGGGUGGUUUUUAUCAUUAUUAUUAUUAUUAUUAUUAUUAUUAUUAUUAUUAUUAUUA